UGGUUGGGAGAUGCCCGCGUGAUGGUGUUAGAAAUUGCUGCGCGAACAUUUGAUCUUCCUUGGUGGUCCAGGGUGCUGAAAUUACGUAUUAACAAAGCCUAUAACAAAAAAAAAAUAACGAAACCAGUUGUUUUAAAGCUUUUAAAAUUCUACAAACACAUUUACAAGGGAGAGAAACAGUCAUAACAUUUGAAUAAAACAAAUAAAUAGUGCGUUUGAAGGCUUAUUUAUUUAUUUAGCAUUCUUCUUUCAUUUUGCUAGCUUUGAGAUAGGCGAGGUUGAAGCAAGGAGCGGCGACGAGACCAGACCACCCACAGACUGAAUGUGGUGAAGUCUCGCCAGCUGCAACUGGAAAAGCGGAGUGAGUGAGAGACCGGAGAGAGGCGGGCGCCAUUGCAGCAAGGGAAACUGCCUGGCUUGAUUAAGAGCAGUUAAUUUAAAAACUUUGGAAUUAAGAAAAAUAAAGUUCCUCCGGCGUGAUCCCGAAACGUUCUUCCACAAAUCGGGUAUAUUCUGCAGGAUCAGAGAGGGAUGAAAGUUCGAGGCCGGCGGAGUGAAAAGAAGGUGCGAUUGUCUAGCAUGUCUCCUCCUCUGCCUUGCGUCAGACUUGCAUAAUGAACGGCAGUGGCAAUGGGACAGCCCUGGGAAAUGUCCCCUCUGUGGAGGACAGCGGCGUCAUCGUGGUCGAAACGAUCCUCAUCCUAGUCAUUGCUGUCCUAGUCUGCCUCGGCAACCUGGUGAUCGUGGUGACUCUGUACAAGAAGCCCUACCUGCUCACACCUAGCAACAAGUUUGUCUUCAGCCUCACACUCUCCAACCUGCUGCUGUCAGUGCUGGUUCUGCCCUUUGUCAUUGCCAGCUCCAUACGCCGUGAGUGGAUCUUCGGCGUGGUGUGGUGCAACUUCACCGCCCUGCUUUACCUGCUCGUCAGCUCGGCCAGCAUGCUCACUUUGGGAGCCAUUGCAAUUGACAGAUACUAUGCUGUGCUCUACCCUAUGGUCUACCCCAUGAAGAUCACUGGAAAUCGAGCUGUAGUGGCUAUCCUCUACGUGUGGCUGCAUUCUCUCGUUGGCUGCCUGCCCCCGCUGUUUGGCUGGUCCACCUUCGAGUUUGAUCAGUUCAAGUGGACCUGCACGGCCGCCUGGCACCGGGAAGUGGGUUACACGGCCUUCUGGAUCACCUGGUGCGGCCUUCUGCCUUUCAUGGCCAUGCUGGUGUGCUACGGCUUCAUCUUCCGGGUGGCGCGGAUCAAAGCCCGCAAGAUCCACUGUGGGACGGUGGUGAUCACUCAUGAGGAGUCGUCGUUGCAGAAGAACGACCGCAAGAACUCCAGCACAUCUACCUCUUCCAACGGCAGCCGGAAAAGUAUUGUUUACUCAGGCAAUCAGUGCAAGUCCUUCAUCACCAUCCUGGUGGUGAUAGGUGCCUUCGUGUUGACCUGGGGACCUUACAUGGCCGUGAUCAGCACCGAAGCCCUGUGGGGGAAGGGCAGUGUUUCCCCCAGCAUGGAGACUUUAGUGACCUGGCUGUCAUUCAGCAGCGCAGUGUGCCACCCCCUCAUUUACGGACUGUGGAACAAGACUGUGCGCAAGGAGCUGCUGGGGAUGUGCUUCGGGGACCGCUAUUACAGGGAGUCUUUCGUUACUCGCCACAGGACCUCCCGGCUGUUCAGCAUCUCCAAUCGAAUCACAGACUUGGGCUUGUCUCCACACUUGACAGCAAUGCUGGCAGGAGGAGGACAGCUCACAGGACACAGCAGCAGCACUGUGGACACAGGGUUCAGCUUCUCUCAGGACUCAGGCACAGAUGUCAUGUUGCUGGAUGACUUCACUUCAGAGGGUACACACCACUCUCAUCACAGUGGCUGGUCACACAAGAGGCGGAGUUCUGUCACGUUUGAGGACCAGGUGGAACAACAUUCCAAAGAAAACUCAAAUUCUUCCAAACUUCAAGUGACAGCAGAGAUCCAUAAAUCACUGGACAGCUAUGCCUCAUGUCUGGCUAAAGCCAUAGAGACAGAUGCCAAAUUAUUUCUGUUUGGGGAUGAAAAAAGUAGUUUGUUUUCUGUCCGGCCUGUGCCAGUGAACCUUGGCAACACACAGCGAGGACCCAGGUACCUGAAUGGGCAGAGACUGAGGCUGGAGAGCAUCGAUGAAGGAAUAGUACAUGAUGGCAACGAAGAAGAGGAAGACAUUGAAGAAAUUUGUGCUUAAUUCUCAUUUAGCUGUUUGAGACAGAUAUACUGGUCUCUGGAAGCUACGUUUCCAAGAACCAAUAGACUCAUCAUCAUUGCUGAACAUUGUAGCAGUUGAUUAUUGGGGGGUGUCCACUACAGUCACGGGACCAGAAUUUAUAGGAAAUAUUGCGUGACUUGCCUUUUCAUGCAUUUGUUUUAUUUAUCUUGCUGUUUCUUUACCAGCACCAGUAAGACUGCAAGUCUAUUGAAAGCUUGAUUAUAUUAAUCUUUAUUUUCUGUGCAUGUAGCAAACUUACUGUAGAAAGGACUAUGAAACAUUGUAGAUCCAGAAUGUACGCGUGUGAUCAUAAGCAGACUAUAUUCCUUUUGUGGAAAUAUUAUAUGUGCAACUUCCUAAAUUGUCAAUACAUUUUUUUUUUUUAAGUAGAAUUACAUUUUUACACAAAUCCUAAAGGAGGGGUGUGACAUGCUUGUUUUGGGCCCCUAAAACUGCUGAAAUAUAGCACGCUUUAUGUCUGGAAAAGCAUUCUGAAAACUUGCAUGGCCUGGAGUUUUGGCAUUAAGGGGCAAGAGAAGAUCUGUGUCUAAUGCCAUAUUUGAUGAUUCAUGAGUCAUAUAACCUUUACCUGAAUCCCAGUCCUGAUUGGCUACAUCAAGUACAUAUGCUUUAGGAAAGGGAAGUUAAUCUGACAGUGGAAUCCUAAGUAAUGCAAUAUUAGGAAUUCGACACGUGGGUCCACAGCCAGUUGGUAACCAACUUGAUAUUGGGCACUUGUGGACUGUAAAGUAUACAUUUGUUUGUGCAUAGAAGACUUUCUCAAAUUCAUCGUUCACCCCAGGAGAAAAGCAACUGUGAAGCUGGUGUACAUGGCUUUCAGGACAGUAUUAAACAAUUUUACUAGUCAAAUGUUAACUUUUCUUCAAGUCCAAAGCAUUUUAAAUGUCACACUGUUUUGUGUUCUCAAACAGGCAUUAAUGACACCACUUCUUUAUAGUGCUGUUCACAGUAAUAUUAUUUCCACAAGACUUGACUGAUUCAUAUGAGAGGACAUAUAUAAUGGUACUAUGCAGUGGAAUAUAGGACCAAUUUUACAUGUAACUGCUUUAUUGGUGGAACCUGUGAAAAGCAGUCAAAACUGGUUGUGUACUGCCAUUACUUGACUUCAAAUAUGCA